CAUACCUCCUCUUCUCCGAGCCUCCUCGCUGCUGUUCUACAUUUCAGUCCUUUCUCAUUUUCUGGAUAUCCCUCCACGAUUCCUGAUCUCUAGAAAUCUUCAUUCCCAUCCUAUACCCAUCAAAAGUCGAAAAUAUGGCUUCCAUCGAAACCAUCAACGAUGGCGUUGCCAUCAACGCACCCAUCAAAGACUCCUACCGGAAGAUCCUUACCCCCGAAGCAACCGCUUUCCUCGCCCUUCUCCAUCGCACAUUCAAUUCGACGAGAAAAGAGUUGCUCAAGAGAAGAGAGGUCCGUCAGCAGGAACUCGACCGUGGAGUACUGCCAGAUUUCCUCCCAGAAACCAAGCAUAUCAGAGAUUCGGACAGCUGGAAGGGAGCACCUCCCGCUCCCGGCUUGGUUGACCGAAGACUCGAAAUUACAGGCCCAACAGACCGUAAGAUGGUUGUCAAUGCGCUGAACAGUAACGUUUGGUAUGUUUGCGUUCUUUGAAUGUUCCGGGAUGUCUCUGACCUCCACCAAGGACGUAUAUGGCCGAUUUCGAGGACGCCCAAGCGCCUACCUGGGACAACCAAGUAUCCGGUCAAGUGAACCUAUACGACGCCAUCCGGAAACAAGUAGAUUUCAAGCAAGGAGAAAAGGAGUACAAGCUCCGCACUGACCGAGUACUACCUACCUUGAUUGCCCGACCUCGAGGAUGGCAUCUCGAAGAAAAGCACUUCACCGUCGACGGCGAACCCAUGUCUGGGUCUCUCUUCGACUUUGGUCUGUACUUCUUCCACAACGCCUUUGAGCUUGUCAACAGAGGCACUGGUCCUUAUUUCUAUUUGCCCAAGAUGGAGUCGCACCUCGAAGCCAGGCUCUGGAACGAUGUCUUCAACCUGUCGCAAGACUAUAUUGGCAUGAGACGAGGCACCAUCCGUGGUACCGUCCUCAUCGAGACCAUUUUGGCCGCAUUUGAGAUGGAUGAAAUCAUCUAUGAGCUCCGUGACCAUUCGGCCGGUCUCAACUGUGGCCGUUGGGAUUACAUCUUUUCCUUCAUCAAGAAGUUCCGCCAAAACCCUCAGUUUGUGCUGCCGAACCGAGACGAUGUCACCAUGACCGUACCCUUCAUGGACUCGUACGUUCGACUUCUGAUCAAGACCUGCCACCGUCGUGGCGUCCAUGCCAUGGGUGGCAUGGCAGCUCAAAUCCCCAUCAAGGACAACCCGGAGGCCAACGACAAGGCCAUGGAUAAGGUCAGACAAGACAAACUCCGCGAGGUCCGCGCUGGCCACGACGGCACCUGGGUGGCACAUCCAGCGCUUGCGGCCAUCGCCGCUGAAGUCUUCAACAAGCACAUGCCAACCCCCAACCAAAUGUUCAAACGCCGCGAGGACGUGUACGUCACCAAGAACGAUCUGCUCAACACCAACAUGCCCGGCUCUGUGACCGAGGACGGCAUCCGAAAGAAUCUCAACAUCGGCUUGGGCUACAUGGAAGGCUGGCUCCGUGGCGUCGGCUGUGUGCCCAUCAACUACCUCAUGGAAGAUGCUGCGACUGCCGAAGUGUCGCGAUCGCAACUGUGGCAAUGGGUCAAGCACGGCGUCAAGACCGCCGAUGGCAAGACUGUCGACAAGGCUUAUGCGCUCCAAUUGCUCAAGGAACAGGCCAACGAGUUGGCAUCCAAGGCACCAAAGGGUAACAAGUUCCAACUUGCCGCCCGGUAUUUCGAAGGCCAGGUGACUGGUGAGGAUUAUGCAGAUUUCUUGACAAGCCUGCUCUACAAUGAGAUCACCACCGUGGGCUCAUCACAACCCGUUGCGAAGUUGUAAGCCAGUGAGUGUUAUGUAGCAAGGGCGAAAUCGGAGCGAGUGGGGGGGAAUCCAGGCGUGUGCAUGAAGUAAUGAUAUCAAAAAAAAAGCUUGGAGACGAAUGCCCGUGUAUGCUUUUGAGUAGUAUGCAAAAUGUACUCCGUAUUAUCUUACAGUAGGUCCAACAAACUAUCCCUCAACAAUGUGAAUAAUGCGGUUCAGUUUUUGGCUACCUCGAGUGGGUUGUUGUUGGCGUGGGACUUGGGUCCUUGUCAGAGUGUUUCUC